AUGGGGUCACCCAGCCCUGCUGAGGAUCGUGCCGCUCUUACAGUGCUCUGUGGGGUGGAAAGAUCGUGUGUGGCCCGCGAAGACGCGCUGAUUUCCAGUCCACUGCCCGCACGGAAUUUCUGGGAGAUCAAAGAUCAUGCCGCCAUGGUACCGGAAUCGAAGACAAAGACAGUUGUAAUUGAUGUGAGCAGCUACUUUGUCCGUGCUGGCGUACUUAGGAAUCAACCAAACCCGGCUGAGAUAUGCUUCCCAACGGUGACCUCCUUCCGGACGGAUUUUUCGGGCACCGCCGUCGGUGAUAAAGUCUACGAAAACCUCUUCAGCGAGGCAGCUUCACAGCAGCAGAUGAUAUUCCCUCUGCGACAAAGAAAAAUUGGGGUAAGUUGA